UUUUCUAGUUGCAGUCCAUUUGUUCGGUUGCCCUGUCAAAGAUCUUUGACUUGGAAUCUGGCCAGUUUUGCUGUUGCCAAAACUCUGUUCACCGUAUACAGGCCGCCUGGGUUGUCUCAAAUGUGACGGUGGAUUUUUAUUUGUUUUGUCUAUGAAAUGGAGAGGCCAAAUGAAGACAAGAUAGAGUCAGAAAGUUUAGACCAAGAAAUUGCUAAAGCGGAGGAAAACUUGACUGAGAAUGCACAGGCGAAAACUAAAGAAAACUUGGAGGAGGGCGUCCUUGACGAAAGCAUGUCAACAGACGGCGAUAAAAAUGAAGAAUAUUGUUCUACAAACACGCUGUCGGAGCAAUUAUCUGCAGUGACUUGCAAGAAGGAUGGGAACCAUAAGUUUUUUUGCUGUGGCUUGUGUAAUUUAAAUCCUGUUACAGCAAAUUCCUCGCCAAAGCUACUGCCUUGCUUGCAUUCGUUUUGCGAGAAAUGCCUUCAAGAGAAAUACGAAGAGCAGAGCAAUUCAGGGGACGUAGAAAGUUCUAAUACAUUAAAUCCAAGACUCAAAUGCCCUUCUUGUGGACAAGAGUUUCUUGUUUCGAAUAAUGGAGUUGCAGGUUUCUUGAACAACCAGUUUAUUAUCGAAGCUGCAGUGACCGUUAACGAUAUUGAACGGCUAGGCCAAAAUGAAAAAGUGUGUACCUCGUGCGAGGAUGAUAGUAUCGCAACAUCUUUUUGCAUGAAUUGUCGAGAAUGGCUGUGCGAUGCUUGUGUUCAGGCUCAUCAACGUGUUAAAGUUACACGGGAACAUACUAUCAAAAGCAUGGAAGAAUACGAAAAGGACACCGGGUUGAGAGAGGUGGACACCCAGGCCACAAGCCCAGGUCAAAAACCACUAUUUUGCAAAUUGCACCCACACGAGCAACUUAGAUUAUUUUGCGCGACAUGUGACAAAUUAACUUGCAGAGAUUGUCAGCUCGUUGAACAUAAAGAUCAUAGGUAUCAAUUCAUUGACGAAGCAGCUGGAAAACAUAGAGAGGUUUUAAAGAAAUUGUUACAGUACUUAAAAGUUAAUUUGGGCCUCCUGAGCGAAACAAUUAAGGACGUCGAAUCUGUAGGUUUGGGUUUAGAGGAAAAGGAAAAAGAAAUCGAAAAAGAGAUUGCAAAGUCCGUUGAAGCUGUUAUAAAGGCCUUAAAACACAGAGAAAGGGUGCUUGUAGCAGAACUUCAGGGCUUAGUCCAGAGCAAGUUGGGAUUGUUAGCAAAACAGAAAAAAGAUUUAACUCAGAUGAGUACAAUCUUGGAGCAUAACCAUGAUUUUGCAAGAUAUGCAGUUGAAAAUGGUAGUGAUGUUGCCCUGCUUUACUGUAGAAAAGUAUUAGGGACAAGGCUGCACAAUUUGAACAGCCUUAAGUAUAAGCAGAGACCUUUGGCAUAUAAUGAUCUACGUUUUGCCCUUGAUGUUGAGAAAAUGUGUGGAUACUUGACAAAAAUUGGAACUGUUUUUUCACAGGAAGAUUUGCAAAGACGAAUGGAGCAGUAUGGUAUUGGCAACAAAAGUGCGAAUGCAUCUACAUCUGCAUCAACAACUGCCUCCUCAGUUGUAACACAGGCAUCAAGCUUGCCAAUACGAGAUGUAAGGUCAUUGGCAACAACAAGUUCUAGUCAUCAUUCAAACUUGAAGCAAUUAGUGAACAGUGGCAACAAACCAGCACCACUCAAAUUAAAUCCUAUUGAAGCCAUGUCCGCAGUGAAUAGACGUAUAUCAGACAAUUCAACAUCAGCAAAUGUUGGUACACAGUACAUAGCACUAUCAUCACCAGGUAUUCCUCACUAUGCUCCAAAACAUGGUACCUCCUCUUCCAGCAGCUACCAUCGUGGUGGCAAUCAGAUAAUUUUAUCUCAUGUCGGCAGUGCUCCACGUUCAUCUUCUGUCCAACUUAAUGGUGACUAUGCAAACACCUUGAUAAAGUCUGAUACUGCUUCACAUCAUAGAAAGUUAAGCACAGGAUCCUCUGGACUUCACAAAGAAUUGUCUGAUAAACAUAUUCAACAUUUAAAAAGGCUAAAGCAUAAUGGUGUUAAUGGUUUACAAUCAAACUUAGGCAAUGGCGUGAAGGCCACUUUGGCGAAUAUUCAAAGUAUGGGAAAUGAGCAAAAAAAGUCUCCACAUACAUUUGAAAAUUUUGCUAAUCAAAGGGUAUCACCAAGCCUUUCUAGUGCAACCACAGCCAAACAAGACAGGCCUCAAACUGACUUCUUCCUUAAAUAUGGCUCACAUAGAUCUGUGGUUCUUGAUUCAGGAUAUAUAUCUGCUAAUCAAAUCCGACAAUCACCUGAAGAAAUUCCAAGAGCAAGGUCAAGCAGUAGCGACCCUGGAUCAAACAGUUCAGGGCAUCAUAGUGCUAGUGAGAUGCCCAUUGUCAAGCAGGAAAAAGCUGAAAGCCCUUCAAGUGGGUCGCAACAUUGUAUGCAAGGAUUUGCUUUGAAGACUAAUGGGAAUUUUGUCAUUCUGGGCAACCACGAAGAUGCACAAAGUGGCGAGAGCGGAUUCGACGAAGGGAUGGGUAACGACGACUACUGCGCAGUGUGUCGAAACGGAGGAGAACUCCUGUGCUGCGACACGUGUCCGCGAGUAUUCCACCUGCAGUGCCACGUGCCAUCGCUAACGACACUACCAAGUGAUUCAUGGAGCUGCGGAAUGUGUGAAAAUGUCGACAAAGUACUGGAAAAGUUUAAGGAAUCAGGCCGGUCUUCAAACUCAAAUGGUUUGAUGGAUCACGAACUCAAGGCAUGCGAAAAGCUACUACUCGAGCUGCUGUGUCAUCCCGACAGCCUCCCUUUCCAUCACAGAGUAAGCAAGCAGGUGCCGAAUUACUACAAAAUCAUCACUCACCCAAUGGACCUUACAACGAUCAAAGCUAAACUCUUACAGAGCAAUCCUAACCGUUACAAAACCAUCCAAGAAUUCCUUGAUGACGUCAGUCUCGUGUUCGCUAACUGUUCUCUUUUUAAUCCGCCGGAAGCAGAAGUCGCUAAACUUGGGAAGUCACUCGCAGAAUUCUUUCGCCAAACAAAAAGGAACUAUUUACCCAAUUUUCAAGAAGACACUUCGGAACCCAAAUCGAAAAGACGAAAAGAUGAAUUUGCUAUUUAACUCCCUGUGUUAUUUUUAACCGUUAGCUUCACUACACACGUUUUAAACACAAACUAACGAAAACGUUGACUAGACUUACCCAGAAUUAGUGUUCUAUUGCAGUACUCACCUUCUCAGCUGUAAAGAUUCAUAAACCUCUCGAAUAUGCCCCCAUCUUGGGUUGGUCUCGCUUUGAAUAUUCAGGUGAAACCAUUAAAUUGUAAAGGAGACCUCACCGAUUUUUAUCUGACGUCCCUUCUCGCAAUUUGAAUUUUCUACAGUAGACUUACUCUACAAUAAAAUGAGAAGUGCCAUUCAAUAAUUAUUGGCUUUUUUGUGUUCAGUUCUAUUUCUUUAAUCCGGUCAAGAAUUAAUUAUGCAAGCUUUAGGCCAUGUCUUUCAUGCUCAAUAUGAAAUGCAACACUGAACCCCCCGAUGAUAUUUAUAUAAUUCUGACAAUGGAAACUAAUUUCAACUUCAAUAUUUCGUGUUCCAGAGAUAUGAGUUUAUUGCCUUGCUUAAAGUUGCAUUAUGAGAUUUUAAUGCGUUUGGUUCUACUGUAUUUUGCAUUUGCAAACCAGUGCAUAGUAAUUGAACAAACAUAUUGUUCAGUAAAACAUAUUUUUGUAUUUAUUCGAGAGUUAUAAGCUUUGUUUUUAGCAUUCAUUAUUUUGUAAAGUUCUCUUUCUUUCA